AUGGAGGAAGGUCAUGUAGUGAGGACAAGCCAUCACUCUCAGUGGGGACCCGGUCACCUGGCGCACCUGCUAGCAGGCCACGCCCUCAAGCCCUGCUCCUCCCGCUCCCCGCCCGCGGCGGCUGCACGCCCCGCCUCCGUCGUGAAGCGACCUCCCGGCUCCUCGGGCUCUGGCCCCGCCCCCUCCAGCUCCCCAACGUCCUCGGCGUCGAGCCCAAGCCUGCGCCUGCGCCUGCGCCCUGAGGCUGAAGUCCGGGCCCAGCCACCCCCACGGCAGCAUGCCCCAGCAACAGAAGAAAAAGGUGUGAGAGAGGAGAAAGAACGUUUGCUGAAGAUGACCUUAGAGGAGAGACGCAAAGAAUACAUAAGGGACUAUGUUUCUCUGAGCACCAUUCUGUCAUGGAAGGAAGAGAUGAAGAGCAAAGGCCAAAAUGAUGAAGAAAAUGCUCAGGAAGCACCACAGGUGAAGAAAAGCUUGAGUGAAAAGGUUUCUCUCUACAGAGGUGACAUCACCCUGCUAGAGGUGGAUGCAAUCGUCAAUGCGGCAAAUGCCAGUCUUCUUGGAGGAGGUGGUGUGGAUGGCUGUAUUCACAGAGCUGCCGGCCCCUGUUUGUUAGCCGAGUGUCGGAACCUGAACGGCUGUGAGACCGGACAUGCAAAAAUCACAUGUGGCUACGACCUCCCUGCGAAGUAUGUCAUCCACACCGUAGGGCCAAUAGCCAGAGGCCACAUCAAUGGUUCCCACAAGGAAGACCUUGCAAAUUGCUAUCAAUCAUCCUUGAAGCUGGUGAAAGAAAAUAACCUCCGAUCAGUUGCAUUUCCCUGCAUUUCAACGGGCAUUUAUGGUUUUCCGAAUGAGCCUGCAGCAAUCAUUGCCCUAGGAACAAUUAAGGAAUGGCUCGCCAAGAAUCAUCAGGAGGUGGAUCGGAUCAUCUUCUGUGUCUUCCUAGAAGUUGAUUUCAAAAUCUACAAAAAGAAAAUGAACGAGUUCUUCCCCAUUGAUGAUAACAAUGAAGGAGCAGCAGAUGCUGACAUGAAGGAAGAGGCAGAAGGGCCAGAGCCUAAAGGCCUUUCUCCGCCCCAUAAGAAGAGCAAAGCAAAGAAACUGGAAAGUUCGAAAGACUCCAAUGAAGUUUUGUUGAAAGAUGAAAGUGGUCCAGAGGAAAAGCAAACUGCGGAAGGAAUGGAGGGGCAGAGCCAAGAAGCAGAUGGCGUCAACACCACCCCAGUGCCCAGCCCUGCUUCUGAAGACAAAGCUGAAGUCCAUAAAGAUGAAGAUUCUGCAAAGGAUGACAAUACCACAAAAGAGAGUGAGGUGACCAAUCAUUCUGUGUGCGACCAAGAACUUCCCAAUGGACAAGAGAAUGACUCAACAAAGAGUGAGGGAAAAACUGAGACAGAGUCCCCAAGCUCCUCUAUGGAGACAGAAGACCUUUCACCAAAUCAAGAAGAUGCCACGAUUGUGGAACAACCAGAAGUGAUCCCCCUGAUAGAUGACCAAGAAGAACAGGAAGGUGGAGAAGCUCAGGGCGAGGAAGCACCUGCUGUGUUUGCUGAAAGCCAAGGUUCCAGCGAGGCAGAAAACACUUCAGGUCCUGAUGUUGACAUGAACAGUCAGGUGGAUGGUGUAAAUGAGACGACAGAGAGUCUGCAGGAAGAUCUCCAAUAGGGCCACAAGAUGAAGCAAAGGAACAAAGAACUGAAGCUAAAUGACAGCCCUCAGCAUGGCAAGGCCUGGCCCUGGGGGACUUGGGAAGAAGAUAGUGUGUGCUGUGGAAGGGGGUGGGGGAGGGGGGAAAGUAAGUUCAUGGAAGAAAGGGGGUCUUUUGCUCUAAUUCUCCAGCUGCAUUUUGUUGUUUACCUACAGAAAAGAAAAAAAUGAAAAAAACAAAACAAAAAGAAAAGACAAGAAAAAAGAAAAAGCAAGCGAGCUCCCUCCAUAUAUGUGAGGAGGCCCCAUGCUGAGCAUUUUUCAGGCACCAGUCCCUAUCAUUUCUGUCUUUUCUUCAUGCCUCACCCCUAGGAUCAUGGCGAUAGGGUUAAUACUCACCCUGGUCUCCUGGUCCCUCUCUGCUUUCUUGGUUCUCUCACAAAAC